AUGAAGAACGAGUUCAACUGCCCAGUCGAACUCGGCAGGCCAACGGUCGCCUAUCGCGAGUGCAUCGCGGCUCCCUACAAGUUCCACUACCGUCACAAGAAGCAAACCGGAGGACAGGGUCAAUUUGGACAGAUUGAAGGAAUCGUUGAGCCACUGCCACCAGAUCAGAAUACCGUGAUCAAGUUCACCGACGAAUGCUUUGGAACGAGUAUCCCCAAGAAUCUGUUCCCCGCGCUGAAGAAGGGUCUUGACCAAGUCACCCAGGAAGGACCUCUGAUGAAACAAAAGAUUGCUGGUAUCAAUGUGCGAGUACAGGACGGUGAGACGCAUAUGGUUGAUUCUACUGAAAUCGCCAUGAUCAACACUAUGGCUAACAUGAUGCGCGAGUGCUACGAAAAAGCGGCGUGGCUGCUUCUCGAGCCGAUCAUGAAGGUGGAGGUGACGACGCCAAGUGAUUUCCAGGGAUCUGUCGUCAACACGUUGACACAACGAAAUGCGCUCAUCACCUCCACGGACACGAUCGAUGGCUACACCACGGUCAUUUGUGAGGCGCCGUUGUCCGACAUGUUCGGCUACACUUCGCUGCUGCGUUCAGUGACCGAGGGCAAGGGAGAAUUCAACAUGGAAUAUUGCCGAUACGCGCCCUGCCCAGCCACCACCCAGGACAACGUCAUCAGGCAGUGGCAAAUCGACCAGGGCCUAGUCGACCCGAAGGCUGACGCCAAGAAGAAAAAACGA